GCUAGGAAAAAAUGGUAAGAUAAUCAAAGACUAAUUGAAAUAAGUAUCUGUUAUUUUUGUAAUUACAAAUUGUUCUAAAGAUAAUAAAUAAAUAAUGAUAAAAAUAGUUUUGAGUUAUUUUUCUGCACCGUCAAACAUUUGGAUUUUCUCUGCCCUUAAGGGGGCCCCUUCAAGAUUUAGCCCCAGGCCCCGAAAAAGGUUAAUCCGGCGCUGAUCGCAAUGAUGAUGGUACCAGACUCGGCGUUGGCUACUACGGGAUUUUAAGAAAAUUGCAGGAUCACCAUAAUUACCUAUUACGUAAAACUAGUCGAGGGACGAAUCUAGUUCAAAAGCUAGGAAUUAAACUAAAUAACAGAAAAUCACUGGAAGCAGUACAAAGUGGUACUACAAAUUGGCAACCACAAUUUCAUCCGGACAAUGAAAAUGACACAAGCUUGGAAGAAAAGAGAUUGAUUUUGAAAAAUUUUAAUUUAGAAGAACUUACAAGCGUAGACACUGGAACUGAGCUAGACCAAUUGUUGUCAGCGACAUAUGCUAGCCAAAGACUAUUUUUGAACAAUAUCGUGAGACCUCCAGAUGUUGAAGAAGUUUUAAACAUUUGGCCCAUAUUAUUACCAAGCUAUUUUGUUUUGGCAUUUUAAGAUGCUUACUGGAGUAAGCAUGGAAAAAUUGCGUGCUAACUAUAACGAAAAAAUGCAAAAAAUUUACUCCAUGGAAAGUACAAUUUAAAGCUUCAGUGGGAAGAAAACCAAACAGAGGAAAGCAGGCAGCAGCUCGUCUUGCUCAUUAUGCAAAAGCAGUUUAGAGAAGAUCAGGAAAGCUUACUCAGAACUUGCUCUUUUAAUGUGGCAGAUGAGAACCUGGAAUGCAAUGUCAAAUAUCCAUGCAUCGCUAUUAGAUCUUUAGAAGGAGACAACAUCGAAAACGAAGAACCCUCCAACGUGGAGGAUGUUUUGAAUGAAGAUCAGAAACAAAAUAGGUUCCUGUUGUUCUUGGAUGGAAAGGUUGUGCUAAAAUGUGCAACUUUUGUAAACGCGCUUCAAAUUUUAAUAGCAACUUACUUUGUAUUUAACCAGACGUAUCCGAAAACACAUGCAUGUACAUUGCUGUUUCUGCAGAUGUACCUCUUAAAUAUAUCAUCACCAAACACGACGUGCAGAGCGAAAAGUGAGGUGUCAAAACGAAAAGUUUUUACCCUUUUUAAAGCAUUGCAAAAAAUCAAUAUCGCCGACUUUGAUCCAAUUUAAUUUUUAUAAAUAACUUUAAAAAAUUCUAUUUUCUUA